UCGCCUCCUCACAGCCAGAGAACAACGGAGAAGCCAAAAAAGGCGAACCAAAACCCUCGUCAGUCGAAAUUCACUGAAAAAAAAUACCAUAGGCGAACAGAGAGAGAGGAAAUCGAAAUGGAAAUUGUGUGUCUGAUCCUCCUAUUCUUAUUCUGUACCUUGCCUUCUUCGUCCAACUCUUCUCUACAACCCAAUAAUACUAGCUGUGGGAAUAGAGAGAUCAUAGAUGUGAAGAGUGAACCAGAGGAUGUGGUGUGGGUGGUUCAGCUCUCUGAUCUCCAUUUCAGUGUUCAUCAUCCUGAUAGAGCUCUUGACUUCAAGGAGUUGAUGGGUCCUGCUCUUUCAAUGAUCAAUCCUUCCUUGGUCCUCAUCACUGGUGAUCUCACAGUGGCAGAGGAAUGA